AUUAUGAAGACGUGUAUAAAACAUGACUGCUGCAGUGAAAUAGACUGUGACAGUAUUAAUUUCUUCGUCGAAAAAUCAAGGAGGACUUUCUUUUAUUAUGCUGCUAUGACAACCCUUUGACAAUUUGCUGUGAAUAUUGAAAAUUUGGGAUGAGUAUCUCUCAUGUGGACAAAAAAUAAAGCCUCAAGAAUACAGGAAUGUUUUCAAUCAAAGUCGGUCAAGAUUCUCGAACCUCAUAAACAUCGCCUCAACGACGGGUUCUUGGUGAUUAAUCAUUUGAUACUUGUGAAUCAGUACAUUUUGGCAGACGAUAAUCGCAUAUACCAAUUUGGCUCCUUUUGUAGCUGAUUCAAUAUCAGACCGCGGUGCUCUGUACAUAGGAUACGCGACAAAACUAUAGAUCGUGUUUGCUUGAGCGCACAUCAUUCAUGCACCAAGACGACUCAGGAGACUUCGUCAUUUGUAGAUACCUCAAAACUACAGUUCAAAACGUCUUUCCUUUUAUCACAAAUGUCAAUGUAGAUCCAAUAGAAUAUUAUCUAUUCAAUGUGGAAACAUAUCGUGUAACAAUGUCUUUUGAGUCUAAAUGAACCAGGGCGGCCCGCACGUGCAGUAUUGUUACGUUUUAAAGAUUCCUUGACAACGGAGUGACACACUUCUUUGAGAUGUAAUAUUUACGAUGGAAACACGAAGUUAACAUUUCAUUAGUCUUUACUCAGUGGUAUAAAUUAUAAACGCUAUUUGUGUAAUAACUGAAAAUCAACCCGUUGGGAUUUGACAUUAACAAUGGAAACACAUAGAUCAAUGGAUCGGACGCUUUAGAAACAUUAAUAUAUUGUAUUCCUGUUGGGUGUUGGGACGCUGCAGUGUCACCCCCUUGGGAGCUGAAAUUUACAAUGGAUACACAAUCGUCAGUGAAUAGACAGGGAUCUGUAGUAACGUUAAUUGUAUUCCUUGUAUUCCAUUCCAAAUAGGUUAUAUCGCAGUUUCUCAGGGAUCACUGAACACGACGUAAUCAUGAGCGGCUUCAGUUUUGAGGAACAGUUAAAGAAGCACGAAAGAGACAAACUUGCCAAGGGGAAAUUCGACGACCUAGACGGGGUACCCCUCGGAACGCAGCUGGAGUACUACGCCCAUCCUGAUCAUUACCAGGGUUGUAAUUUUAACACUAUAAGUCGCAUGGUGUAUAUUAAGCAAAAUGUGGAAGUGGGGGACGAGGACAAAAAGUUAACAUCGAGCCAUGAUAAUCUCCUUGAAAACCGUGAGAACGCUGCUGCGAGACGUGGUGUGAGUAAAAGUAAAGUUAGCGUCCCAGAGCUAAUUCCAACACGGAGUAAAAACGCACAACAGCGACCCAAAGAAAUGUCGAGUACAAAUAGGCGGAACGAAAAUGGCUUAGUGCUGCACAGAUCGAAGUCCAAAUCACGAGAAUUUGAAGAGGAGAAGCAGACACAUGGCUCAACUUUCUCAGGAGAAAAAUCUACUGGGGUGGCGUUGAAUUCAGAGGGGCCACUUGGCCUCGGGGAGAUAAAAUCGACCACUUUUGGACCCGGGGACAACUUCGGUAAAAAUGACAGGAUACGUAAUUUAAACAAUUAUAGAUCAAAGUCUUUUGGAAAUAAAAGAGAACUUUUGAGAAAUAAAUACAAUUUCUCUCAACCGGAACGCUUCCCUAAAGCUAAAGACACGAAGGUUAGUAAAGAAAAUGUAGACAUAAAACAUCCCAGUUCUUCAGUUUUUCCUCUCGUCACACCAGAAGAUGGAAAAGUACGUGUUGCUCCUGAAAACUUCAGAUAUGCCCCUGGGUUCGAGUCCGAUUCUUCACUCCCUCGCUCCCCCUCGCGUCGAAUAUCACGCCGGAAUCGGAAGAGAAAAACGCAGACGAACUCCCCCUCACUUGAACUCCCAUCUGACGUAAAUCUCGAGGAAAAUCCCGCACAGCCUGAUAAAGAAAACAAGGGAGGUGGUCGACUAUCGAAGGGUCGGUCACUGUUCCGCAGGACUAUCCGGAUUAUUCUGCAUCUACAGCAAUGGAUCUCAGCGAUCAUGGAAAAAGGCGAGGAGGAAUCCCAAGGCGCCGAGAAAACCUCCAGUUUCAGCGACUUUGCCCAGGCGCUGAGCAGCCAGCGGAUGGCGAACUCGGACGUUCAUUUUGAUCCAGCAGAUUUCAAAGCCAAAAAAGACAUCAAUAUAAGCAAGGACGUGCAAUAUAUUUUAAACCUUCCCAAAGCCAUGAGGACCCCCGACCAAGUCCAGUCGGUUUUAUAUGGACUUCAACAUCUGCGAUCUUUUGCCGAAUAUCCACUUCAUAUGCAAGAAAAACUGUGCAAAGUAGCUUUUUUCCAAACAGUGACUCCCAAGCGUGUCAUCAUAAGACAAGGACAUUAUGCCGAGAACUUUUAUUUCAUACUCUCUGGUCACGCCAUGGUGACGCUCCUUGAGCGCGACGCAAUAACUGGGGAGACGCAGCUCCGAGCCGUUAAAACGCUAAAGAAAGGACAAAGUUUUGGGGUGAGAACAAUGAAAUAUUGA